AUGACAACAACAACAACAACAAAUGGGUCUAAUUCUAAUCAUAACAACAACAACAACCCUAGUACGAGGUCUUGGGGCACAGCUCAAUCCGUGUCCACUAGCGGCAGUAUGGGCUCUCCUUCGAGCCGGAGCGAGCAGACAACCACCGUGGCUACUACACCAUCUGCUAGUGACAGUGCCUUUCUACAACUCAACAAUUUGGACAUUCAAGGGGACGAUGCUGCUUCUCAAGAACCUUCUUAUGGCAGUGGUAAGAAGAAGAAGAAGAGGGGACAGCGUGCGUCUGGUCCUGAUAAAACUGGAAGAGGCCUACGUCAAUUUAGCAUGAAAGUUUGUGAAAAGGUGGAAAGCAAAGAAAGGACUACUUACAACGAGGUUGCGGACGAGCUUGUUGCUGAGUUUGCACUCCCCAAUAACGAUGGAUCAUCCCCUGAUCAGCAACAGUAUGAUGAGAAGAACAUAAGAAGAAGAGUGUAUGAUGCUUUAAACGUCCUCAUGGCUAUGGAUAUAAUCUCCAAGGAUAAAAAAGAGAUUCAAUGGAGAGGUCUUCCUCGCACAAGCUUGAGCGACAUUGAAGAAUUAAAGGCUGAACGACUCUCACUUAGGAACAGAAUUAAAAAGAAAACUGCAUAUUUCCAAGAACUGGAAGAACAAUAUGUAGGCCUUCAGAAUCUUAUACGGAGAAACGAGCACUUGUAUAGCUCUGGAAAUGCUCCAAGUGGCGGUGUUGCUCUUCCAUUUAUCCUCGUCCAGACACGUCCCCAUGCGACCGUAGAAGUGGAAAUAUCAGAAGAUAUGCAGCUCGUGCAUUUCGAUUUCAACAGCACUCCAUUUGAGCUCCACGACGACAAUUUUGUCCUCAAGACAAUGAAAUUUUGCGACCAGCCACCAUUGAACAACGGUCACAGUAACAACAGCCAGAAAACUUGUGACAGAUUGGUGCCUGAAAAUAAUAACGAAGGUCCUAGCACCUAUCCAACACCGCCUCGGCCAGGGGAUAUGAUGGAUCACCAGUCUCACUCUCAACAACCACAACAUCAGCAUGUGACUAACUACGAGGUUGCUUCUGCCACCACCGCAGUGACAUCAAAUGUGAAGCCAGAGAACUGA